UUUUUUUCUUUUUAGUUUCUGAACCGCUCAACUCCUUCCAUCUCAGUUCCCUCCUCCGACAACUGCUCCGUCGCCGCCCAUCGCUGCCGCGUCACAGUGGUUCACUUUUCUCCUUUCGUAUCGUCUCCGUCUUCAUCUGCAGCAUUGUGUAAGUAUCUACGAUUUUCGUCUGUGAUUUUUGUCUCUCCUAGACGGCUACUGGACUGAACUUUCUCUGCGCCAUUUUGCUUUUGAUUUUUAGUUUUCUCCAUCUGAACUGCUCUGUUAUCAAGGAUCGGACUUAACUUUCCGACUCCGAGUUCCAUUCCUUCGAGUUCUUUCUUUCACUGUUUCUGAAGAACAGUCCAUACUCCAUUGCGAAUUCUACAGUAUUCCUGUUAUAAAUGAUGAAAGGUCUAUCUACUAGUACUACUACCCGGCGAGUUUUGGUGAUUUUCGCUUCGGUUUUGUUCAUCUUCUUGUCCGUAUCCGCCUUUCUUACAGAUCUGAAUAUUAUUGGUUCCUUUAUGGACUCGAGUCCACCGAGUUUUCUUCGAUCGGGUUUAAGGAGCACAAGAGUUACCCCUCGUCGCAAACUUCUUACUAGAGAAGCAGCAUUUGAGGAACCAACCAGAAUUUGGGGAGAAAAGUGUACAAAAUCAGACAUUGUGAUUAACCAAGGCCCCACAGCUCCACUUCCAACUGGUAUUCCCACCUACACUGUGGAAGUGGUGAAUGCUUGUGCUACAGGCUGUGACAUCCAUGGCAUUCAUUUCAAAUGUGGCUGGUUCAGCUCGGCCCACCUCAUCAAUCCCAGAAUCUUCAAGCGCCUUCGCUACGAUGACUGCCUCGUUAACGACGGCAAGCCUCUGGUCUACGGCGGAACUCUCUCCUUCCAGUAUGCUAACACUUUUCCCUAUCCGCUAUCAGUCUCCUCAGUUGUCUGCAACUGAAAUGACACGCUCCAAACCAACUAGGAGUCGCUCAUAUGAUGCACACUAGAACCAGCAGGUACUUUAGUCGAUUACUGAUUGACAGUGGCCCCCACCUGCCUUUUCUUUUCCUUUCUUUUCAAUUUUUGGGUUCUGCUUUUGCUUUACAUGUGCGUGGCCUUGUGUUUCUGUUCCUGCUCCUACGAAGUUUUUCUUUUAGAGAGGUCUGAUUUUUACAGUCAUCUUGAGGUUUAAGGGAGAAGGUUUGUGGUCUAAUAAUGGUCAUGGCACCAACUUUUCGUAUACAUAGAUGGUGAGAUAGGGAAGAAAUGCUAGAAACCUAGUUCAUUUCAAUAUUUUUUUUGGGUGUUGAUGAGAUAGGCGAUCGAGGUGUAGGUAAGGCCAAAGUGUAUAUAUAUAGUUAUAUACAAUCUGAUAGCAUGAUGUUAGUGUCACAAAUUCAGGAGAUUCAAAGCCCCAUUAUAUGCAAGAAUAUUUCUCUGUUUGUUUGGUUGCCUAUAAAUUAUCUAUUAAUUUGUCA